GCAGCCGGAAGUGGGGGUGCUGCGGCCGGAAGUGGGUGUGUCAUGGCGGGUGUGAUGGAGGCGGCUCGCAGGGGCCGAGGAAGCUGAGGGCGCGGAAGGGCCGCUGAGGUGGCACUGGCGGCUCAGGGAGGUGAUGCAGCCCUGGGGCUGACGGAGCGCCCAGGCUGCGGCAGGAGCGGCGCCGUGCGCUAGCCCUGUGGGCGAGAGUGGACUCCGUGGCGGGGGAGGGCAGGGCCAGGCCCGGCCUCUUCUCGGACUCUCUUGCCGCCUGUUUCCAGCAGGAAUGUCGCCCUGGUGAUUUCCGAAGGAAAGAGCGGGACGGCGGGUACAUGUCGCUGCUGCGGGCGAGGACUUGUUAUCCAAAAUGCUUGAGUAAACUCUGAAUGUGUUUGGAGUUCGUGGAUAAGACGCGGGCAAAAGCGCCUUUCUCGUGCUGAGAAUGGAUGAAGAGAGUCUGGAAGCGGCGAUCCAGACCUACAACGCACAGCUGGAGCAGGUGGAGCUGGCGCUGGGGGCGGGCCAGGACCCAUCGCAGCAGUCAGACCUGAUCCAGCUGCAGGAGGAUUUGAAGCAGCUCAUAGAACUGACCGAGUCGAGCCUGGUGGCUGUGAAAAAGAGCAAACUUCUGGCCACUUUGGACACAGAUGCCUCCUCCUCCUCCCCAGCAGGUCUCCCAGGGCAGGAUUCCCACCUGGAGAGCUCUGCCCAAGAUGAGGAAUAUGCUGCUUUUAAGGAAGCCAUUGCUGGGCUUGGAACAGAUGAGCAGCCUCCAGCUGAUGACAACAAGAUCUUCUCGGAGAGAGGGGGAGAAACUGGGGAUAAAACCAAAUCAAAGUGCAGUGAAGACGAGGAGGAGUGUGAGAGAGAGGAGGAGGAGGAGGAGUUGAGUGGGAUGAAGGUUAAAGCCCCCUAUUACAGCUCCUGGGGGACGCUGGAGUACCACAAUGCCAUGAUUGUGGGGACAGAGGAGCUGGAGGAUGGCAGUGCAGGGGUCAGGGUGCUCUAUCUGUACCCCACCCACAAGUCCCUGAAACCGUGCCCGUUCUUCCUGGAUGACAAGUGCAGAUUUCAGGAGAACUGUCGGUUUUCCCAUGGUCAGGUGGUGUCUGUGGAGGAGCUCCAGCCAUUCCAGGAGCCCGACCUGAGCAGUCUGGGGGUGGGCUCAGCCUGCCUGGCCAAGCACAGUGAUGGGAUCUGGUACACGGCCAAAAUCACCGAUGUGGACAGUGGCUACUACACGGUGAAAUUUGACUCCCUGCUCCUCAAGGAGGCUGUGGUGGAAGGGGACAGUGUCAUUCCCCCCCUGAGAAAUGAAGAAGCUGCUGAAUCUGGCGAGUCUGAUGAGGACAGUGUGGAUGAUUCUGGUUAUGCCAAAGUGAUAGAUUCAGGGGUUCCAGAGAACGGGGAGUGGACCCCUGCCUGCAGCUCCUCUUUCGGUGGCUGGGAAGCCCAUACUCGUGGCAUUGGCUCCAAACUGCUUGUUCAGAUGGGAUAUGAGUUUGGAAAAGGCUUAGGGAAGAAUGGCGAGGGCAGAGUGGAGCCAGUGCAGGCUGUGGUGCUUCCUCGAGGGAAGUCCCUGGACCAGUGUGCUGAGGUACUUCAGAAGAAGAAGCAGGGGAAGCUGGAGCCAGGCAAAUCGAGGAAAUGCCGAGCAAAGGGAAGCAGCUCUGGACAGGGGGGCGGCCGUAAGGCCCCUCGCAACGUGUUUGACUUCCUGAAUGAGAAACUGCGCGGGAAGAGCGCUGGGGACAGGGCUGGGGGCAUGGCUCUGCCCCAGAGGAACAGCAAAGAGAUCUACCACGCCAGCAAGAGCACCAAGAAGGCCCUGAGUGUCAGCCUCUUCCAGACCACUGAGAAGAUUGAGCAAACCCAGAGGGAUAUCAGGGGAAUCCAGCAGGCCCUGGCGCGCAACAUCGGGCGGCACAGCAUUGCUACAGCUCAGCUGGAGGAGAAGCUGGCUGAUGCUCACAAGCAGCUGGGGCAGCUGCAGGCCCAGGAAGCCAGGCUGCAGCGGGAGCAGAAGAAAGCAGACACCCACAAGAAGAUGACUGAAUUCUAGGUGCUGAGGAAAGUGUUGGGCUGCAGGAGUUGUCUUUCUGGUGCUCCUGGCUUCAGAGCCUCGAUGAGCUCUCCUGCUCUGCUGGGCCUCAGGCUGCCCAGCCUAAAACUGGGCAAAAAAGCAGCAGUUUCUGGAUGCCUCUGAGCUCUUCUGGGAGGGGGAGGAGUGCACAUCCGUCCAGCCCUGAAAGUAUUCAGUGAGCUGGGCCUUGGAUGAGGCCCAGCUACAAGGAAUACAGUUCUCUUGCACACUUCUUUCCUUAAUUUUCCCUGCAGUAGCAGCCCCAUCCAGAGUCUGUGGGUGCUCAGGUGAUAAGACUGCUGACUACAAACCAGCUGAGGGGGCUUGGACAGCCCCACAUCCUGCCAUUAACUGUGGCUUCUGUCUGUGGCCACCUGCCAAGCACAGGUGCAGGCAGGGUCCCAAGCAUGGCUGGGUGAAAACAUCAAAGGUCAAGUGCUUUAGCUGCUCUCUGCCUUCUGGUUUUUACUGUGGAAUUUAUCUGAGAACUCAGUUUUUUGGGGGGAGCAGUUCUUUGUAGCCCCAAUAUAAGGAAGAGACAGAAAACUCUCAGCUUUUGGGAACCAGUGGCCUGGAGCUUCAGAUUUCAGCAGUUUGACUGUAAGAGUAUCUCAGGCCAUGCUGUAGCCAAACUCACUGGUUUGGUAUGGAAAGCUGCCUGGUUCCAGUAGAGUGCCAUAGCUGGGGGAAUGAGCUAGCAGCAUAACAAUUCCCAAACCUAUCCAGGAACAGCUCCAGGGAGCCUUGUGAUUUUUGCCACCAAGGUGGCUCACUGGGCACAGGUCCUUUUACUAAAAAACCUCAGGACCCAGAUCCAGGUUGAGCUGGGCCCUGGAUGAGCACAAAGAGCAGCAUCUGUGUGAGCCCUGCAGUGGGAGAGCUUGGGGCUGGGCUGGGAGCAGGCCAGACAAGCCAAAUGGCCUUCCCUUCAAGGUGGGAACUGUUUGGACAGGAAGGAUAUCCUAUCCCCUUGGUUAUAUUCUGUGUUGGUGGUGGCCAGUCCUCACCUCAGAGGAGGUGCUGGUUUAAUCAUCUGAUGGGAUUCUGCAUUGUAAAGGCAUUUUUUUUUAAAAAAAAAAAAGGUUUGCAAUUCAUACCAGUAUCUUAAGGACACCUUUUUUUUUAACUUAAGGAACCCAUUUCCUUUUAUUAUGUGAGUCAUUUUUCUAAUGAAAAAGUCCCUUUAGUCCCCCCUUUUUUAUCUCUCCCUAAGAAGAGAUGAAAAAACAAGCUGUCAGCCUGGGCAGGGCUGUGUCUGCCUGUGGGUCAGGCUGCAAAAUGAGCAAGAAAAUCUGAGACUGAAGGAGAUACGAUCAGAGCUGUUCAGGUCGUGUGGGAUUUCACAUUGCUGCAGACACACCUCAGAAACACAGUGAGACAGCAAAACCAAACAGGAUGAACAUCUUCAGGAAACCUGUGGGAGUGAGUCUGUGCUGCUGAAGAGCACCUGGAUCCUGCUGUGAUCCUCGUGGAUGUGGGAGGUGAAGAGCCUCGGGCACUUCAACAUCCAUCGGUUCCUAUUGGAAUUUGCUGUACUAUCCUCACUGUUCUGAAUUCGUGUUCUCCACACAACUCAAGGGUUUCACAAUGGCCCUUCCCUCACAAAUGACUGUUUGUUUCUCACACUUGAGUGCUGAAUGGUGACAAGGAUUAAUGUGCCCAGCUUAGCAUGGAUGCUCACUGAAGUGGCCCAUGACUGGAGAGCUGAGCUGGGCUGAAAAAAUUUGGGGUUUUAUUUUGUGCUCUGAGACUCUUUAACAUCAUCAUCUCUUUAGGAACUGUUUGUAUGAACCCUGAGUCUUUGCUAAAUCCUAUUUUUACCCUUCCUUGGGAUCUGCACAGCCUGACUUGUUAAGACUCCUAUUCCAGUGGCUGCCACCUCCCACCCAGCGCAGUUCACUUCCCUGAUGAAUAAAGUUGGUGUUUCUUUUUCCCCUC